AUGGCAGCCAUAGCAGUCGCCGGAGAUUCUCUGGACAGUGAUACGGAAGUCUUAUUAAACUUCAAAUCUUACCUGGAAUCUCGAAACCCAACGAACCGAGGAAUGUACACGGAAUGGAAAAUGGAGAAGCAAGAUGUGUGUCAAUGGCCUGGAAUCACAUGUACGCCUCAGGGAAGUAGAGUCACAGGGAUCAAUCUACGUGAUUCCACCAUCUCCGGCGCUCUGUUCAGGAACUUCUCCGCCUUAACGCAGCUCACAUAUCUCGAUUUAUCAAGGAACACCAUCGAAGGCUCGAUCCCAGAUGACCUAAGCCGCUGUCACAACCUAAAGCAUCUGAAUCUUUCUCAUAAUAUCCUUGUAGGGGAGCUUAGCUUAUCAGGGUUAUCAAAUCUUGAGGUUCUUGAUCUAUCGAUGAAUAGGAUUGCCGGUGAUAUUCACUCUAGCUUCCCUUUUAUCUGCAACAGCCUGGUUGUCGCAAAUCUGUCGACAAAUAACUUUACUGGUAGAAUCGAUGACAUCUUUAAUGGGUGUAGGUACCUGAAGUAUGUCGACUUCAGCUCCAACAGGUUCAGUGGAGAGAUAUGGACUGGCUUUGGGAGGCUGGUCCAGUUUUCAGUUUCUGAGAAUCAUCACCUCUCCGGGAAUAUCUCAGCUUCCAUGUUCAGAGGGAACUGCACUUUGCAAGUGUUGGAUUUGUCUGAGAACGAGUUUGUUGGGGAGUUUCCAGGCCAAGUUUCGAAUUGCCAGAAUCUGAAUGUGUUGAAUCUGUGGGGAAACAACUUCACAGGGAACAUUCCACCUGAGAUAGGCUCCAUAUCCUCUCUCAGAGGUUUGUACUUGGGGAAUAAUAAUUUUUCUCGAGACAUACCGGAAACUCUCCUCAACUUGAGCAACUUGGUGUUUCUGGAUUUAAGCAAAAACAAUUUUGGAGGAGACAUUCAAGAAAUAUUCGGGAGAUUCACUCAUGUAAAGUAUCUAGUCCUGCAUGGGAACUCAUACGUUGGAGGCAUCGAUUCUUCCAACAUCCUCAAGUUACCUAAUCUUUUCAGGCUAGAUCUUAGCAUGAACAACUUCUCCGGACAGUUACCAGCUGAAAUUUCUCAGAUCCGGAGUUUGAAGUUCUUGAUUCUUGCUUAUAAUAACUUCAGUGGUCAGAUACCACAGGAGUACGGGAACAUGCCGGGGCUUCAAGCACUUGAUCUCUCCUUUAACAAGCUGACCGGUUCGAUACCAGCUUCAUUUGGAAAAUUGUCAUCUCUUUUGUGGCUAAUGCUUGCAAAUAACUCUCUGUCAGGAGAUAUCCCUCGAGAGAUUGGAAACUGCUCGAGCCUUUUGUGGUUUAACGUGGCAAACAACCAGCUCUCUGGUAGAUUCCAUCCUGAAUUGACUAAAAUGGGUAACAAUCCUUAUCCAACAUUUGAAGUGAAUAGGCAAAACAACGACAACAUAAUUGCUGGUUCCGGUGAAUGCUUGGCGAUGAGGAGAUGGAUUCCGGCAGAGUUCCCUCCUUUCAAGUUUGUAUACGCAAUUCUUACGAAGAAGAGUUGUAGAAGCCUAUGGGACCAUGUUCUGAAAGGGUACGGUCUCUUUCCUGUCUGCUCAGCUGGUUCCACGGUACGCACGCUUGAUAUUUCAGCCUAUCUUCAGCUCAGUGGAAACAAGCUAUCCGGUGAGGUUCCUGCGAAUAUCUCUCAGAUGAAGAAGCUGAGUAUGCUUCAUUUGGGGUUCAAUGAGUUCCAAGGGAAACUGCCUCCAGAGAUUGGACAAUUGCCUCUCGCAUUUCUCAACCUGACCAGAAACAACUUUUCAGGCCAGAUUCCUCAAGAAAUCGGAAAUCUCAAGUGUCUGCAGAAUCUUGAUCUGUCUUGCAACAAUUUCUCAGGAAACUUUCCAACGAUUUUGAAUGACUUGACUGAGAUGAGUAAGUUCAACAUCUCGUAUAACUCCUUAAUUUCUGGUGUGAUACCAUCGACGGGACAACUGGCAACCUUUGAAGAAGACUCCUUUCUUGGAAAUCCGCUGCUGCGGUUUCCUAGUUUCUUCAACCAAUCAGGGAACAGCACGAGGAUCCAGGUUUCUCACCAAAAUCUAGGACGAAGAACUAUUCUUUUGGUUUGGAUUUCCGCGGCUCUUGCAUUGGCGUUCAUCGCUUGUUUAGUGGUAUCAAGUAUUAUUCUCAUGGUUGUUAAGGGUUCAAGGGAAGCAGAAGUCGAUCUCUUAGAUGGGUCGAAAACCAGACAUGACACGACUUCCAGUUCAGGCGGGUCAUCUCCAUGGCUGUCAGGAAAAAUCAAGGUCAUUCGCUUAGACAGAUCAACAUUCACGUAUGCUGACAUUCUGAAAGCAACCAGUAACUUCUCUGAGGAGAGAGUGGUAGGUAGGGGAGGGUAUGGGACUGUUUACAGAGGCGUAUUUCCUGACGGAAGAGAAGUUGCAGUCAAGAAGCUACAAAGGGAAGGCACAGAAGCAGAGAAAGAGUUCAGAGCAGAAAUGGAAGUUCUUAGCGCCAACGCAUUUGGUGACUGGGCACACCCAAACCUCGUGAGGCUGUACGGUUGGUGCCUAGAUGGAUCAGAGAAAAUCUUGGUGCACGAAUACAUGGGAGGCGGGAGCUUAGAGGAGCUCAUCACAGAUAAAACAAAACUUACAUGGAAGAAACGCAUCGAUAUAGCGACAGAUGUAGCGCGGGCAUUAGUGUUUUUACACCACGAAUGCUACCCUGCCAUCGUUCACAGAGACGUGAAAGCAAGCAACGUUCUUUUGGAUAAACACGGGAAUGCGAGAAUGACGGAUUUCGGACUGGCAAGACUCUUGAAUGUCGGAGAUAGCCAUGUGAGCACGGUGAUUGCAGGCACAAUCGGGUAUGUAGCUCCUGAGUACGGACAAACUUGGCAAGCCACCACGAGAGGAGAUGUUUACAGCUACGGAGUAUUGACGAUGGAACUCGCGACGGGUAGAAGAGCAGUUGAUGGAGGAGAAGAGUGUUUGGUCGAAUGGGCAAAACGGGUAAUGACAGGGAACAUGACAGCCAAAGGCUCACCAUUUACUCUCUCGGGGACAAAACCAGGCUACGGAGCUGAGGAGAUGACUGAGCUACUAAAAGUAGGUGUGAAGUGUACCGCGGAUCAUCCUCAGGCAAGACCCAACAUGAAAGAAGUCCUGGCUAUCUUGGUUAAGAUAUCAGGUAAAGCUGAGCUCUUCAAUGGUUUGCCUUCACCAGAUUACAGAGAAAUGUAA